GCGAGCGUCAGCAGCGCCACCGGCUUCGCGCCGUUCGAGCUGAACUAUGGGUACAUGCCCUCGAUGAUCGCCGAGCUCCGAGCACAAGAGGAGCCGCCAAAAGGUCUCCGCGACUUCGCACUCCAAGCCCUUCAGAACCUCGCGGACGCCCACGACGCCAUCAUCGAGGCUCGCGUAUUCCAGCGGCACUAUGCGAAUGCACGCCGCCGUGAAGAACCGAGCAUCGACGAAGGGUCGUUGGUCUACCUGUCCACGAAGAAC